UUUGUCAGGCCGAUGUUCUUGCAGCCUCUAGCAAGGCAGCAAAAAAAAAAUAACAAAUAAUAAUCCUCGGAGUUUUUAUUUACAAACGAGCAAAACCCGCAAAUAAAAGCAGGAUGCAGAAGUACGACAAGAUGGAGAAGAUUGGUGAGGGCACCUACGGUACGGUUUUCAAGGGUCGCAACAGGGACACCAUGGAAAUUGUCGCCCUAAAGCGGGUGAGAUUGGACGAGGACGACGAGGGCGUGCCCAGUUCCGCCCUCCGGGAAAUCUGCCUCCUCAAGGAACUGAAGCACAAAAACAUCGUUCGCCUCAUUGACGUUCUGCAUUCGGACAAGAAAUUGACGUUGGUCUUCGAGCACUGCGACCAGGAUCUUAAAAAGUACUUUGACAGCUUGAACGGCGAAAUCGACAUGGCCGUGUGCAGGAGCUUUAUGCUCCAGCUGCUCCGCGGACUGGCUUUCUGCCACAGCCACAACGUCCUGCAUCGCGACUUGAAGCCACAAAACCUGCUAAUCAAUAAGAACGGCGAACUAAAGUUAGCUGACUUUGGUCUGGCUCGAGCUUUUGGCAUUCCCGUGAAAUGCUAUUCUGCAGAAGUGGUGACGCUUUGGUACCGACCACCGGAUGUCCUUUUCGGAGCUAAACUGUAUACAACCAGCAUCGACAUGUGGUCGGCUGGAUGCAUUCUAGCGGAGCUUGCGGACGCUGGACGGCCGCUGUUUCCCGGAUCCGAUGUGCUGGACCAGUUGAUGAAGAUCUUCCGAGUGCUGGGCACCCCAAACGAGGACUCCUGGCCGGGAGUCUCGCACCUCUCCGACUACGUGGCGCUUCCAUCCUUUCCGGCCAUCACCUCGUGGAGCCAACUUGUGCCCAGGCUGAAUUCGAAGGGACGUGACCUGCUGCAAAAGCUGCUAGUCUGCCGGCCAAAUCAACGGAUUAGCGCCGAGGCCGCCAUGCAGCAUCCGUACUUCACGGACAGCAGCUCCUCUGGACAUUAAGAUUCAGUUGAUUGGCAUCUUUUCGAGUGACUUUUCCACGUACUUUUGAUUAGAUAUACGCCGAACCCCUAACCUUGUGCAGCUAUGAAUGUGUAAAGUGUCCCCAAAUCUACCUAGAAUAAGAUAAACUGUUCUUUAUAAUUAUCUCUUUUUUGCCAUUUUAAAACUCGAUGUUGUCUCUCGGAUACCAAAGAAAAACUAAAAGAGAAGUUGGUUAAAAGACAAUCCCUGUGACACCUAAUAUAGCCAUUUUAGCUGCCAAAUUAAUCGUUAACACUUUAACACUGGUUGAUUUUUGCAUAUGUUAAAAGAUCUCAUUUUUUCUCUGGUUUUCAAAACAUUUUGUUGCUAAUUUAAGAAUCCAUUGGUUAUGAUCUGCAACUUGUUUCUUAAUUGUUUCUUGAGUACACCCAAGUGUGAUUUAUCGGAUACAAAUACCUAAGAUCCCAGUUUAUGUUUUCAAUUUUUAUGGCUAUCCAAACUUUCUGGUUUCAAAAGUGUUAGUGGAUAACAGUUUAGACUUUUUUCUGAUCGGCAUAAUUUUUAAACUAACGAAAAUCUCUUUUUCCCAUUAAAGUGGAACUGAGAGUAAGUCACAUUAAGUAACUUAAGAAUUAAAAAUGGAGAUGUACCAUAGUUUUAGAAGAAUAAAGAAGACGGCACUUACCGAA